CCAAAGCCCCCUCCCCCACUAUUAGAAAAUCUGUUCAAAUCAUAAGACGUUAUUGCCUUGGCCUGUGAAUCGGCUCCUGGUCAGUCGUUGUGUAAUGAUUGCCGUUAGUCGUAGUUCUGGCCAAUGACUGUGUGUGAUAUCUUGUUAUAAAUAAUGAUCGCUAAAUCUUGUCUUUUUUUGUCUUUACAGUUUGUUAUUAUACGUUGAGUAUCAAGAGGAAUUCACAGAGCAAAAGAUGUGCAGCAGAGUUAAUAUAAACAGUCAGAGGAUAGUGCUGACGACAGAUGAAAGAAUUAGGAAGAAAGAAGCAAAGGAAAUGAAAGCAAGGCUGGAAAUAAUCGAUAGAUGCCAAACCAAUAAAAAAAUAGUAUGGGAAAAUAAAAGAAGAGCAGAGGAGAAGAGGAUAGAGGAGGAUAAAAAAAAACAGGAGGUUAGAUUGAGAACAACAGAGAGGGACAAGAAAAUAGAGAAGAAAAAGGUAAAACAGGGCCAAGAAAUGAUGAAAAACAUUCUAACCCGCAAUGCGAGAUUACAUCAGGAGAGAGUGGAUAAGGAGAAACAGCGGGAGGAGAAAGACAAGAAGAUGGCGAAGAUAGCACAGGAAAGGGACGAGAAUUGGAGGAAAAGACAGAAGAAAGAGCGAGAAAAGGCAAACGAAAUGAGGGAAUACAUUCUAACCCGCAAUGCGAGAUCACUGCAGGAGAGAAUGGAGAAGGAGAAUAAGCGGGAGGAGAGAGAAAAGAAAAUAGCACAGGAAGUACAGGCAAGGGCCAAGAAGCCGAAAGAGAAGAUAGAGCUAAAAGAGGAACAAAAGAUGACGGAAAGCAAUGCAUCCCUCAAUGCGAGAAGGCGCCUGAGAAGUAUGGAGGACAGGGAGAAGGCGCGGCAAUGGAGAGACAGGAAGAGGGCAAGGGAUGAACAGAAAAAGGCAGAGGAGCUGAGGGAAGAAAAGAGGAAAGAGCAAGAAAAGGAGCGAGAAAAGGAACAUUUAAGACAUGAAAAACUCAUCCACAAAAUGAGAAUGCAGUACCUGAGAACUAAAAGCGAGAUACACCGGCUGGUGGAAGAAACCAAGGAAAUGCGGGAAGAACGGGAGAUAGUACGGAAUCAGAAAGUAGAGGAGAGGAUAGAGGAAGAAAUACAGACUAAAAACAUUCGGGCCGUCUAUGCAUUAGUUAGAAAAGAAGGCGAGGUGUUGGAAAAAUACAACCGAGGAAUUCUCCCACACUAAACAGGACAGGAGGCGGAGAGAGAGCACGUCAGAUCGUAAGGUCGUCAUA